ACAUGGCGCACCACCCGUUGAACGCAGACGAUCCCUUGGACACGACCGGAACCGGGACCCGAGGUGUGCUGAGACGCUGCAGGGGGCGGCCGAGGCUCACCGACUCGGACCGGGCCCGGAGGCGCCUCGAGUCCCGGAAGAAGUACGACGUUCGGCGGGUUUACCUGGGAGAGGCGCACCAGCUGUGGAGCGAGCUCCGCAGGAGGACCGGCCUGAGCGACGCGGGGCUGGCCGAGUACCUGAUCCUGCUCAACAGCACCUACGGAGACCGGUACCGGCGGACACACUGCAGGGAGAAGCCACGUGAGGGGGUUCCAGGAAAACGGAGAAAAGACAGGAAGCAGUGCGUGUCGAGCCUCCGGGACCUGGUGCGCUGGUACCAGGAGCACUCGGGCUCCUGCCCCCACGAGCCCCAGCUCAGAACCCUGGAGCCCCAGCCAGACUUCUCCACCGCUGCCAGGUGGCAGUGUGACUCCAACCACUCGUUUGUGCACCACCUCUUCCCUCCCCUGAGGGGGGGGAGCGAGUCCGAGCUCGAGGAGAGGCGAGAUGAGGACAGCGAUGAGGAGGCCAGGGUCAGACCAGACGUGUCUCUGACUGAAGACACGCUGAGGACCGGAGGAGAUGCAGACAUUUCUGAGUGUCCAGCUGUCCAGACUGCAGAAGCUACAAGUCUACGUGUCAUGUCCAGUCCAGAGGCGUCCACAGACACUGCUGCACUGAUGGGACAACCCACAUGGGAGGUGGAGGUGCAGCAGCAGAGCUCCCCCACUGCGGCGCUGCACCCGCUUCCUUCAGAAGGCCUGAAGCAGGUGGAGGGAGAGGCAGAGCGGCUCGCAGAAGAAGGAAUCACCGUGGCUGGGUGUGGUUACGACUGUGUUACCAUGGCAACAUCUUUGACUGGCGAAGUGGAGAGGACGGAGGACUCGGUGCUCUCACGGCGUGUUUGUGUCCAGCCGGCCGUGCGGGAGCAGCCGGACCUGCUGGACCCUCAGACUCUGCAGACGGUGGUGAGCGGCUGUGAGAUGGCGGACCAGAGGACGGCUCUGGAGGGCUCACAGCUGAUCAUCAUCACUGGUCCCAGCUACGAGGCCUUGGCCUCAGAAGGAAUCCAGCUCAACAUGGGCAGCGGAAACAUGGAGGAGGUCACCUGCACCGUCAUCGGCGGUGUCGCCUACGACCAGGUCCAGCCCACAGAGGAGGACGACUCCGUGACCGGUGUGAGCGCCUCCCAGCUGGCCCCGCCCCCUGUGGAGCUGAGCAGUGACCCGGGGCUGCAGGCGAGUCUGAUCAGUUGUCUCAGCUUCUGUUGGAACGAUUCUAGAAUCCUGUGGUUGGUGGAGGUCCAGGAGACGAGCCGUUUGUGUUUUUGCAGCGUCAGGUCCAGGAGAAGCAGGCGGGGCCCGGUCAUUGAGGCAGACGGCAUGCUUAAGAUGUUCCACUGUCCGUAUGAAGGCUGCAGUCAGGUGUACGUGGCAAUCAGCAGCUUCCAGAAUCAUGUCAAUCUAGUUCACAGGAAAGGGCGGACCAAGGUGUGCCCUCAUCCUGGCUGUGGGAAGAAAUUCUACCUGUCCAACCAUCUGCACCGUCACAUGAUCAUCCAUUCAGAGGUCCGAGAUUUCAUCUGUGAGACGUGCGGGAAGUCGUUCAAACGCAAGAAUCACCUGGAGGUCCACCGAAGAACGCACACCGGAGAGACGCCGCUACAGUGUGAAAUCUGCGGCUACCAGUGCCGCCAGCGGGCAUCCCUAAACUGGCACAUGAAGAAGCACACGACGGAGGCCCACUACAACUACACCUGUGAGUUCUGCAGCAAGAGGUUCGAGAAGCUGGACAGCGUUAAGUUCCACAAGCUGAAGAGCCACCCGGAGCAGCUGGCCACCUGAAGGGCUGAGACAUCAGCUGAGCUAGUCCAGGACGGCCCUCACAGAACGCACGUGGGUCGUGUGUGGGCGGAGCUUCCUGCCGUGCAGGAUGUGGGUUGGGUCAGAAAAGUGGAAGAUCUUGGUUGUGGACAGACUGGAUCUGCUACGGUGGUAUCCGUCAGCAGCAUGGCCACUCUGAGUUUAACAAGCAGGCUGAACCUGUCUGCUGCUUCAGCCAACAGAUCUGCGUCACACGGACCUCUCGGCUAGCAAAGCUAGCUAAUCGAAGAUAAGAAUAUUAAGGAAAUGAGGGAUGAUGUCACACCUUAAGUCAUACGAGGCCAAAAUGAGAAACUUGUUCCAAUUCUUUGUUUUUGUUUAAAAGACGGAAGACGAGGUUGCUUUUAGGGACGUGACACGUUUAAAGGUCAGAACACGGUUAGCUGGUGGAAUACGAUUGGUUCACAAAUCCCAGUGGAUUUUCCUCUCCGCAGUUUCAUUAUUCCUGACAAAAGUCCAAAGCAGACGCUCUGUUGCUCUAAUAAAACACACCGACAUCCUCCAAGUGCA